UGUUAAUUUAAAUUCUAUUGUAGAGACUCUCUGUCCCUCCGCAAGUGCAAGAAAUGGAACCCUUGUCUUCGUCUUCAUCGGCGAUAGCACAGCAAACAUGGGAGCUGGAGAACAACAUCAUCCCAAUGGACACUCCGGCUGCCUCCGCCGCCGACGACUCCAUCUUCUACUACGACGAGGCAGGGCAGAACGAGUUUCAGCGUGACAAGCCAUGGGCGAACGACCCACACUACUUCAAGCGCGUGAAGAUCUCCGCACUGGCACUCCUGAAGAUGGUGGUUCACGCUCGCUCCGGCGGCACCAUCGAGGUGAUGGGGCUGAUGCAGGGAAAGACCGACGCCGAUGCCAUCAUCGUCAUGGAUGCCUUCGCUUUGCCCGUUGAAGGCACCGAAACCCGCGUCAAUGCCCAAGCCGAUGCAUAUGAGUACAUGGUUGAUUAUUCUCAAACCAACAAGCAGGCAGGACGGUUAGAAAAUGUUGUGGGAUGGUAUCAUUCUCAUCCUGGUUAUGGGUGCUGGCUUUCGGGCAUUGAUGUUUCAACCCAGAUGCUGAAUCAGCAAUUUCAGGAACCCUUUCUUGCGGUUGUUAUUGACCCUACAAGGACUGUUUCUGCUGGAAAAGUUGAGAUUGGUGCUUUCAGGACUUACCCUGAAGGUUAUAAGCCUUCAGAUGAGCCUAUUUCUGAGUAUCAGACCAUCCCUCUUAACAAGAUUGAAGAUUUUGGUGUCCACUGUAAACAGUAUUAUGCAUUGGACAUCACUUACUUUAAGUCUUCUCUGGAUUCACACCUCUUGGAUUUGUUAUGGAACAAAUAUUGGGUGAAUACACUGUCAUCUUCUCCUCUGUUGGGUAAUGGAGACUACGUUGCUGGACAAAUCUCAGAUUUAGCUGAAAAGCUAGAACAAGCAGAGAAUCAGUUGGCUCACUCACGCUUUGGGCCACUAAUAGCACCCGCUCCUAGAAAGAAAGAAGAAGAAUCUCCACUUGCUAAGAUUACUCGUGAUAGUGCAAAAAUAACCGUGGAGCAAGUGCAUGGGCUAAUGUCACAGGUAAUCAAGGACAUUCUGUUCAACUCCGUUCAUCAAGCAAACAGGUCUCGCCCCGAAACAUCUGACCCUGAACCAAUGAUUGAAAGCUGAUUUUGGCAUCUACUAGACGUGCAUUUAUAUAUUCUUUUUUUUUUUUUGGUGUGUGUGGUCAUUAUCGGCCAACCGGUUUACACUUAACAGUUGGAUAGCAAAUCUAGUUUUGCAUUUUGCCUCUGUAGUAUAUUCUUGUUUUAUUUUACAAGAAUACGCUUGUACUAUCAAGCAGGCAAUCGACAUCACAGACUCAAUUCAUCUAACAGAAACUAAACGGCUGGCCUGAGCAAAAGUUAACGUAUACAAUUGUCUGUUGGUUAUUGCUUGAAUACUUCUUACUACUCGUGGUGCACUUCUAAG